CAAAACUCCAAACGGGCCCUUAUUUUCUUGGUGUUCAAUUCUCACAAACGUUCUAGGCGCUUUCCUCCCGAGCAAGAUUGCAACGAAAUAAUUCAGGUUCGUUUUCGUCCCUGAUUUCCUCCCGAGCAAGAUAUUUCCUGGUUCAUAUCUUAUACUGUUAUACGGAGUAUUGUCUCAGCAUAUGUUUCUAAGAAUCUGUUCUUCACGAUUCUGUUGUUGCCAUUCAACUGUUGAACGCUCGGCGUUAGUUUGCGCUUUUAAACAACUGAGGAAGAAAGCCGAAGAAGAUGGUUAGAGCAUAUUCACAAGAGCAUACCUAUAAGCAUCCGUGGGAAAGAGUGACGGCUGCAUCAUGGCGAAAAUUUUCUGAUCCCGAAAACAAACGCAUCCUGUCACACAUCCGUGAAGUUGACACUUUGAGCCGCAAGAUUGUCCCCAGUUCCGGGAAGCUUUACACAACGCGUGCUAUAACCAUCCAUACACCUGGACCGUGGUUCAUUUCCAGAAUCAUUGGUCAGGAUAUCUGCCAUUGCGUUGAGUCUACGGUUGUUGAUGCCCGAUCACGCUCAAUGCAGCUGUCCACUCGCAACAUAAGCCUUGAGAAGUUUGUUGAAGUGGAAGAGAAGAUCCGGUACGACCCCCAUCCGGAGAACCCAAACGGAUGGACUAUUUGCAGGCAGGAAACAAGUAUCAGGAUAAAGCCGCUGUCAGUGUUGGCAUCAAUGGCAGAGAAGAUUGAGCAGAAGUGUGUGGAGAGGUUCCAGCAGAACAGUGUUAAGGGAAGGGAAGUGAUGGAAAGGAUGUGCAAGUAUCUUGAAACUGAAUCCAGUGGCUUUUCUAUGUGAACUCAUUAUGGGCCCUAAUUUUGACUGUUCCUUUUUUUUUUGUAGAACUGGAUGUGAAAUCAUAGUUUCAUGACUUCAUGGCAUGGUACAUUCUUUAGCCAGUGCAUCUCUUUAGUGUAAUAAUGGCUUUCAGAGACGAGAGCGUUGUGUUCGUUUGGAUGCUCAAGACACUUCCAUUAAUUGCAAUUGAUACAUCAAAAACUCAAUGAAUGCACACAUGUUUU